AUGCUUGGGAACGCAAUAUUCGUUUUUUUUCAUAUACUACUAGCUGUCAACAUUCGGAUAAAUUGGGCAUGUCCUCUUAAUGUGCAAGCUGAAAUGAAAGCCGCUUACAAAUCAGGGGAGAUCCCCGAUCAAUCAGCCCCUAUAACGUUGGAGAAGAUCAAGACCAAGUUGAAACAGAGCGAAAUAUUUGACUGGCAAGACCCGACCCUCACCGACAGAGAGAAGAAAGAGAUGGGAAAACUAUUUGACGCUGUCGAGAUUAUGACAACCUCUCGCAACCGACAACCAAGCAAUGUCCAGACGAUGUUCUCAUCACUGCGUCUCGUGGAAAGAGUCGUCAAAAAGCAGCUAAAGGAGGGACAGAUUUCUGAAGCGCUCGCUUCCAAAUUCAACUGGGAUAAAGUAACCAAACGUGUAAGACGAGAUAAGCCGACGUACAUCUUUGACAAAACGACGAAUAUGAGAAUGUUUAACACUCGUCAAUAA